CACAAACGCACAAGUGUGUAAAGUGCAGAAUAGACCCAAAAGCAGCAUACACACUCACAUGCUGAAGAAGAGCGGCUGCAACUAUGGCCUCUUAUGGGACAUUUCUGCUUCUCUUCUUGUUUUCUGCUGAAAACUUGUGUCUGGCAACUUCUUCACUCACAGGAUUUACAGAGGUAGACGUGGAUCAUGGGAAAGACUGGGAUAUAUUUGACAUAAACGAAGAAGCAGGGCUUGAUCUGGUAGAUGGUGACAUUAUCAUUGAUGAGCAGGAGGGAAGAAACUCUAUUCUGGGUGAAAAGUAUCGCUGGCCAACCACUGUACCAUACUACCUGGAGGACAGCUUGGAGAUCAAUGCUAAAGGAGUGAUACUGAAGGCAUUUGAGCAGUACAGACUCAAGACUUGCAUUGACUUCAAACCUUGGACCGGCGAGCCAAACUACAUUUCUGUGUACAAAGGUUCUGGGUGUUCCUCCCCUGUGGGGAAUCGGCAAGUAGGGAAUCAGAGACUCUCAAUUGGCCAAAACUGUGAUCGCCUGGCAACCGUGGAGCAUGAGUUUCUGCAUGCUCUGGGUUUCUGGCAUGAGCAGUCUCGAGCUGACCGAGACGACUAUAUCAACAUCGUUUGGGACCAGAUUAAAGAAGGCAAAGAGCACAACUUUAACAGCUAUGAUGAUACGGUCUCCAGUGCUCUAGGCGUUCCCUACGACUACGGUUCUGUAAUGCACUACAGUAAGACCUCCUUCAACAAGGGCUCUGAGCCAACCAUCAUCACUAAGAUACCAGAAUUCAUGGACGUGAUUGGCCAGCGCAUGGAGUUCAGUUCCAGUGACAUACUCAAACUGAACAAGCUUUACAACUGCACCACAUUCUCCACCUUCUUGGAUUCCUGUAGUUUUGAGGAGCCCAAUAUCUGUGGUAUGGUCCAGGGAGAGGAUGGAACGGGGAAUUGGGGGCGUGUGAGGAGUGUGGAGGGAGGUCCAAACACUGAUUAUACCAACAUGGGCCGGUGCAAUGGUGCAGGAUAUUUUAUGCAUUUUAGCACCACCACAGGGAGCCAUGGAGACAAUGCUUAUAUGGAAAGUAGGCUCUUUUAUCCUAAACGAAGAUCCCAGUGCUUGCAGUUCUACCUGUAUAACAGUGGGGGUGCUGAUGACCAGUUGAACGUAUGGGUGCGCGAGUAUAACAGAGCAAAUCCCAAAGGAGUGCUGAGGCUCAUUCAGACAAUCAGUGGCGGCCUCAGGAACUCCUGGGAGCUUUACCAUGUGACGCUGGACGUGUCUCAGAAGUUCAGAGUCGUGUUUGAAGGGGUGAAAGGCACUGACACGUCAAAAGGAGGUCUGUCUCUGGAUGACAUCAACCUCUCAGAGACACAAUGCCCCCACCAUACCUGGCGCAUUCAGGACUUCAACAACCUCCUCGCCACAACACCUGUUGGUUCCAAGAUCUACAGCCCUACUUUCUUGUCCCAUGAAGGCUACUCUUUCCAGAUCUCCUUGUAUGUUAAUGGGAAGACAAGUAGUUCUACCAACAUGGCAAUCUACUUCCACCUGACCUCAGGACCUAAUGACAGCCAGCUGACAUGGCCCUGUCCAUGGCGACAGGCUACCAUGGCACUGAUGGACCAGAACCCAAAUAUUCAACAUCGCAUGGACAACCAAAGAAUGAUCACUACUGACCCCAGCAAAACCUCCACCGACUCUCUGGGUAAUGUAGAAUACUUCUGGGAUGAUCCACGGAAGGUUGGCAGUCGGGUACAGAAUCCGGAUGGUACGACAUACUACCGAGGGCCUGGUUAUGGCUCCAGUUCAUUCAUUACACACAGCCGUCUGAAGAGCCAUAACUUCAUCAAAGGAGAUGAUGUCAUCUUUCUCCUCAGUCUAGAAGAUGUGACUAACCUUCUGAAGACUCAGCGUGUGCCUCAGUCUGCUUCCUGUGGUGAGAACUGCCUAAGCAGAAUCUCAGUAUCUGAUGACUCCACAGCAACUUUCUCUGCAAAUGCCACCGCGACAGUGGUGGUGUAUGCUUUUGUGGGAAGUGUUGUGCUGUUGAUUGUGGUUGCAAGUGUGCUGUACAAGGUGAAGAGGCGCCAAGAGAGAGGAGAGAUGGACAGAGAGGCAGGAAUAGAGCCAGAGAGAAUCGAUGGCUAACUUGCCAAUCAGCUCACGCUACAGUGGAGGACCAUGAUCAACAUGUACUUUAACCAAAUAUUUUUUUUGGCAUGAAUCUUAAAUGAAACCAAAUGCACUUACAUUUACUUUUUCAAAUGAAACAUAUUAAAAAAACCUGUAGGUUCACUUCCUGCUCUUCAAACUCCUCAGACUGACCUUUGUUAAUUUGGGAGAGGAUCCAGGAUCGCCACAGACUGAGACCUGGUCACCUUAAAAAGGCUUUCAACAGUGCAGACCUGAGAGCCUUCAUUCUAUAAGAGUGCAGCAAUGAGGCAAAGCCAAAGUAUUAAUAUCUUACAGUAAACAACUCCUAAGAAAUAGUAAGACAGCGAGAGGUAUGAUGGUAAGAAUGCUCUGAGAAAUGGGAAGUGGAGUUGAGGACACAGAAGAGAAUUAGAAGACUAUACCUGUCCUGACUGAUGUCAGUCUUUUUCUUUUGACUGAUCCUCUGAGAUGCUGGUCUUGACUUCUAACUGGCUUGAAAUGAGUUGAUCAGAGAUUAGAGCACACUGUGAAUCUUCCUAAGGGGUUACUGGCUUGAACAUACAGUUCUAGGAAAAAUCUUUAAGUGGUGUUAAAUCUCUACAUCAAUGGCAGUGGUGGACAGUAACAAAGUAAAUGGAAUUCAUUACUGUACUUAAGUAGUUUUUCCAUUUUGGGCAACUUUUUACUUUCACGCCACUACAUUUCAAAGUCAAAUAUCUGACUUUUUACUCCA